AUGGUUCUCAUUCAUGCACGUGUCAUUGUUUCGGUCGGCGAUGUUAUGGCAUUUCAAAGAUCGCUGAACAGAAGGCCACUUCUUACCCAGGUUGUGGCCACAGGAGCGAUAUGUGGAGCUGGAGAUGUUUGUUGUCAGCUUGUAUUAGAGAGAAGAACUUCGAAGACGUACGAUGUUUAUAGGACUGGCAGAUUUUUCGUAUUAGGAUCAUUUUUCAUUACCCCGGCAUUAAAUAGAUGGUUUAAAGUUCUGGAGAAAAUAAAUGGCAAUCCUAAGCUCGAUCCACUAAAGCGAAUGCUUGUUGAUCAGUUUGCAUUCGCGCCUUUCUUUAAUGCAGUUAUUUUGUUCAAUCUACGAAUACUAGAAGGUUAUGGAAUAGAAAAAUCGUGGAGUAAAAUGAAGGAAGAUUGGUGGACUAUUUAUUCGACGAGCUUGAAGAUUUGGCCGGCAGUUCAGCUUGCAAAUUUCUACCUAAUUCCGUUGAAUAUGCGUGUUAUUGUUGUUCAAUCGGUGGCACUUUUCUGGAAUACCUACCUCUCGUUCAAGACACAGAAGCGCAUGGAGUCGGACGAACAUACCUCAAUGUCGAAUCCUCUAAGGCCAGCUAUCGAGAAAAUGGAAGCCCAGUUAUCUCAUGCUUUAUGUGAGGAUUCGACUGCAAGAAAGCCGGAGGUCAUCAGUGUUUAG